AUGGUUUCGGCACAUCGAUACGGCGGUGCCGCCCGGGAGCUGCUCUCGUCGGCGGCCUACUCCAGAUCACCCGUAGCUGGACCCUCACGCCCGCGGCACUCCACCGCACCGCCUCCCACCACAACAACAGCGCUCAGCAGGCGCCAGUCACUCGCCCAGAUUCGAGACCCGGCAUACGUGGCGCGCUACCGCACGUUGGGGCCCUCGGCACAUCCACUCUUAUCCUCAUCGUCCACGUUGACGUCCAGCGCAUCCACAGAGGCCUCGGCGUCAUCCGCUGGCCACGCCGGACUCAGCACUACGCACGCCUCACGCAGCAGCGCCGCCGUGCUCGACACAGCCGGACCCGCAGCGCAUCCCGCAUCCUCGUCCGUCCGCUCCAAAUCCACCAAUGCUUCCGACCAGCUCGAUGACACUUGGGCGUUCGGCGGCGGUGCAAAGAGCCAGGGCGGUCCGGUCGGCUCCGAAGCGCCAACCCCCGCGUCGCACGCCAAGGCAGCAAGCGCACCCAUCGUCAUGGGCAACGCCGGCAAGGGCGCCAUCCCCAACUAUGGCAAACGCAAGAUGAAUACCAUUCACCUCUCGGCCCCUUCCACGUUUGGCGGUGGUGGUGGCGGCAGCAGCAGCACCGCAAGCUCGAGCACGAGCAAGGUCACCACCGACGAGGCGCUCGCCAAUCGAUACGAGCACCGCUACUCGCCCUCGACGCGCAGCGAGCAUCCGCUGCCGCAGCACACCUACUUUUCCUCGCCCUCGUCCUCGUUCAACGCGUCGUCGUUCGUGGCGCCGGGCACGCAGCCGCCCCUCGCCGGUACGGCGACCGGCGGUGUGGGGCAAGGCCACCCUGGCAUCGGCAUCGUGCGCAAAAAGACCGCGCUCAUCUUUCCCGGCCAGGGCUCGCAGUACGUGGCCAUGUCCAAGGACCUCUACAAGGCCUUUCGCUCCGCACGCUCCGUGUGGCACCAGGCCGAGGAGGCGCUCAUGGCCACGCCGGGCAUCCACUCGCACCACUUUAUUCAGGGCGAGCGCGCCCACUCGGCCGAGCAGCGCGAUCUCUUCGAGGCCGAGCUCGCAAAGACGCGCUCGCUUGAUCCCAAGCAGGGGCUCUCGGCGAGCGGCACCGCCGUUGCGCGCAGCCGGCGCGGAUGGCUGCGUGACCUCGUCUUCUCGGGCGACCAGCUCGAGCUGACGCGCGCCGAGAAUGCGCAGCCCGCCAUCCUCACGUGCACGCUCGCGUUCUUGAAUGUGCUGCGCAAGGAGUUCUCGAUUGAUCUGGUGCGCGACCACGUGCAGUGGGCGUCGGGGCAUGGCUCGGGCGUCUAUGCGGCGCUGGUGGGGUCGGGCGCGAUGGACAUGCACGAUGCCGUGCGGCUGCUGCGCCACCGCGGGCUCGUGGCGUCGCACUAUACCGCCAAGCACCCCGUGCUCUUCCCGCCCGGCUGCACGCCGCCCGAGAGCAUCUACGAGACGUGGGCGUUUGCCAACGCGGGCAGCGGCAAGGGCGCCGACCUGCUGUACGACGAGGACGCGGCGGACGCCACGGCGAGCGGCAAGCAGCCGCCCGGCUGGAAGCGCACGCAGAUGUCGGGCGUGGUCGUGCGUCCGGGCAAGUUGGGCGCCGUGCUGCGCGAGGUGGAGCAGGUGUCGCGCGACAUUCGCGAGGGCAAGGUGGCGUCGGUGGCGCGCGACGAGGUGGUGGAGGUGGCCAACAUCAACAGCCAGCUGCAGAUCGUGCUGUCCGGCACGCGCGUGGGUGUGUCGUACUGCUGCGACCGGCUGCGCUCCAAGAAUCUGGGUGCGCGCGCGGUGAAUCUGCCCGUAUCCGGCGCGUACCACACGAGCCUCAUGCUCGAGGCGUCCGACUUUUUGCGGCCGGCGGUGAAGCACAUGCCGCUGUCGGACCCGGAGGGGUUCGCGCUCGUGUCGAGCCGGACGGGCCGCGUGAUGCGAGACAGUGCGACGAUCCGCGAGGAUCUGGCGGGCGCGUUUGCGAUGCCGGUCGACUGGCUCAGCUCCAUCGACACGCUCAUCGCCCAGGGUGUGGAGAGGUUCGUGUGUCUCGGGCCGGGCCGCGCGUGCGCGCAUCUGCUGAGCAAGGAGCUGGCGUACCGCGACAAGCAGCGCCAGGCGCACCAGCCCGACGCCCAGUCGGCGUACGAGGUGUGGUCGCUCGCCACGCUCGACGACGUGCAGCAGCUGGCCGAGGUGCUCGCCGACGUCUCGAAGCGCCAGGCCAUCCUGCCCGCGCAGCCGGCGAUGGACGCGGACAGACUCACUGCCGACGGAGGCUGA